AACAUUUUUCAAUUUGGUCGGAUUAACUCCCCCAUCCCUCAAUUCCCCACCCAAACCCUCGCGCCAUGGCGUCGCCGCGCUCGCCGCCGCAGCUGAUGGCCGACCUCGUCAGCGAGAUCCUCCUCCGCCUCCCGCCGGAAGAUCCCGCGUGCCUCAUCCGCGCCUCCCUCGUCUGCAAGACCUGGCUCCGCCUCAUCUACGACGGGGCCUUCCUCCGCCGUUACCGCGCCUUCCACCGAGCGCCUCCGCUGCUCGCCUUCCUCGCCUGCAGCUACGGCAACAGCGAACCCCGUUUCAUCCCCUUCACUUCACCCACCCCGUUCAAGCCGCCGGCGUUCGUCUGCUCCAGCCGCUCGCGGGUCAUGGACUGCCGCCGCGGCCGCGCCCUUCUCUUCGACAUGUGGGCCGACAGCGAGGGUGCCCUCUCCGUCUGGGACCCCAUCACGGGCGACCGGCAGGUCCUGCCCAAGCCCGACUGCUUCUACAUCUCCGGUGCCGCGCUGCUCUGCGCCAGUGCCGCGGCCGGAUGCGACCACCUCGACUGCCGCGGGGGUCCCUUCCUGGUGGUGUGUUUGGGCCUCAGCCGCGGCGCGACGGACGCGCAUGUCUACUCAUCGGACACCCGCUCGUGGUCGUGGGGCGCACAGGCCUCCGUUCAGUUAGGCGCUGAUUCCUUCGGCGAGAUGAACUCUCCAGUCGUCAUUGGGGAUGAAGUCUAUUUCGCGCUGGACCUCACUCCCCGAAUUCUCAAGUACAGCUUGGGUAAGGAUGACUUAUCUCUGAUUGGCCCUCCGGACCAGGAUGGUGGUAGCGAAUUUGUUCUCAUGCGGACGGAGGACGGUUCGUUGGGGUUGGCUGCUGUUAGAGAUUCAAACCUUUACCUCUGGUCGAGGAAGGUGAAUCCAGAGGGCGUUGCAGGAUGGGUAAUUUGUAGGGUUAUCAAUCUUCAGACACUGUUUUCCAUCCACAACAGUAAGACAACUAGCGUUAUUGGUUUCACUGAGGGUGUUGAAGUCAUCUUCGUGAGGACAUAUGUAGGCAUGUUCGCGGUUGAGCUCAAGUCAGGGAAAGUGAAAAAGGUAGCCGAGCUUGAUUACUAUUUUUCUGUCUUGCCAAUCAUGAGCUUCUACACUCCAGAUUGUGGUAGAUGCAAUCACCGGCAUCGACUUGCUGAUUUAUGAUAUGUCACUCCAUAAUAAGACCAAUGAAAUGGACAAACCAUCAUCUUAGUCUGCUGCCGUUGGCUUCUUGCAAGCCAUUACCUUCAAGUGGUUUCUGUUCUGCUGAGUCUGGUUGUAAUAUGAAUGGUACAAGUUCAUUAGCAUCAUUUCAACAAAUUCGUCCAGGACUUUUUAGUAGCAAACUGUAUGUGGGCAAUUAAAUGCUGUUGUUGUACCAGAAAAUCGCUCAUCCAAACUGAUUCUGGCAUGCUAGUCAUACUGUGUAUUUUGGUAAAUUUAGUUUGGCUGUUUCCUUGUGCCAUCUGUUUGCUACCUCUACCCUCAUAAAUCAUAAUGCUACUACUAUCAUUCACCAUACAUGAACAUGAAGAUCCAGUGGUUUCUUCUUCCA